CGUCACUUGGCCAAGCGCAAAAGCUUUCAACGAAACGUCAGCAUCCCGCUUUUCUCAAGACCACGCAUUCUACUGGCCUGCUUGACGGAAACGUUGCAAACAUGAGUACUGUGGAAGCUGCGGCUUCGUUAUUUGGUUCAGAUGGCGAUGCUGGGCCGGAUCCGUUUUCGGUUAUUGGCAACGAGGAGACUGACACGACACCACCUGCCGGGUUGGCGGUACAUGAAUAUGGACAGCACGAGUCUGCUUCUUAUCCAUCUGACAUGGGCCAGGACGCUUCCAGCUUGUUCGCUGAAGACAUUCCCAAGGGCACUCAGCCUUUUGAACAAGAUCCCUGGUCAGUUGCUGUGGACCACGAUACCAGUGUUCCUGUGAACCAGGCUCCUGACAGCUCGCAAUACUCUGCUGCCGGUUACGAACAGUCUCAAGAGUGGUUAUCUGCGCCUGGUUACUCCACGACUCAACCGCAGGUCUCGUAUGUCCAACAACCAGUGCAAGGAGGUCAUAAUGUUAGCGGUACAGCAAGUGCUUAUCACCAGUACAUACCGGACCCAACUGCCAAUUCCUCGCAAUACGGCGGGAGUCAAUAUCCAAGCCAACCAUAUGUGCCGGUCCACGGCAGCUACGAUCAUUACAAACCCACCGUUAACAUCGCACCCACUCGCGCGUCACAACCACUUGCUGCACCUGCCGACUCUCAGACAACAUACGAGCCGUAUAACCCUAUGACACGCUCGGUUUCUCAACCUUAUUCGUCGUUUGCGCACGCUGCACCUCCUAAGCCAGCUUCUCCCAGCAUCCCUCCUCCUCCCGCUCAAGUUCCUCCUGCGAUGUCGGCUGCAUCUUAUCGUCCACAGAAGUCGAAUGCUUAUGAUCCCCCUCUUCCUCCUCCGAAGGUGCCAAAGCGUGCUGUGAGCGCACGCGCACCAUCAUUGGGACAGUAUGCCUCGUAUGGCCAGCCCUCGCAAAUCCCUCCUGUACCCCCUGUACCCGCUGUGCCUCCUACUCCCCCUCCCCCUUCUAAUAGUACUCGGUACGGCAGCCUUUCCGGUAAUGUGGCACAACCUCCAAUUUCCCAUCCACCUCCACGAGCGCAAGUGACACAUCAGCCUACAGGCGCUUUGGGCGUUACUUCGCCACCCAAGCUUCUACAGCAGCUUCCACAAUCGAUUGUUGGCAAUCAUUACACGCAACAUAGUUUAUCACAAGCGAGCGCUCGUACAUCCCCAUUGGCUGCCCCUCCUCUACACGCGAAUCCCCCGACACCCCCACAAAACUCUUAUGAGCAGGAAUUACUUGACGAAGCACCUACUCCUAAACAGGGUUCAUCUAGCUCAUUUGCGGACGUUAUCCAACGUGUUAUCUCUCCUGCCACCGAGACAUAUCCACCACCAAGUCAUGACUUGCACUCAGAGAGUCGUGCCUACACGUCUGAUGAUAUGCCUUGGGACGAUCCGGAAAGUUUGCAGACGGAUACUGAGGCAACAUCCCCUUCUUUGCAUGCCGUCCGAGAUCCCUACACGCUUCCACUUCCUGCAGAGUAUGCUAGUUUGAAUGGUUCCACACAGCUGCAUAGCAGCCCACCUUCUUCCCCGUCUAGAGGCAAGGUGCAUCAACACCAAGACACGAUGAUGAUGCGAGGCUCAGUGCUACGGCGGUCUCCUUCUCAUUCCAGAGACGGAUCCAACGGUUCAAAUGUGUCAUCCCUGCGUAGUCCGGUAAAGAGGGUUUCCUCUCCCUUGCGCAACGCUUUCAAUUCCGGUGAACAGGAUGUGUAUCCUGGUCCUCCCCAUCCGCCCUCUACAUAUGAGCCGUCACACUAUGCUUCGCCCAACAGAGCAACAUCUCCUAGUUCUGUUCGCUCGUUCACGAGCCAUGCAGGGUCUGUUAAGAGUGCCUACAACUCGACAGUUCCAGUUGCGGCGAACAAGUUACGAGCCCAGAUCCCAUGCCACGUAUGAGAGGACUUCAUCCCCCUUCCAUAAUUCGCGUCAGGCCUCUCCAGCCCCUGAUCCAUAUGCACUUGCCAGGAAUUCUGUGGCUCUGAUGCAGCCCGAAUAUCGCGAUCAUUCAGGUUCCAAUGGAUCUUUGCAUUCCACGGCAUCCAUGCCCAUGGGAAUCCCCCCUCAGCGCGAAGUUAAUGGGUUGGUUCCCAAGUUUCGUCCCGGUGAACCAAGCCCGUACGGUGCGGUGUCUGCGUACAGUCAGGAGCUUCUUAUUUCAUCCACGGUCCGCCCUCCAUAUGCACCCUCCCCUUCUCUCUUAGGCUCAAACGAUCCUUUGGGUCGUACAUCUUCGCGAGCCCCAGUGAUCAGUUUUGGUUUUGGUGG